CCCUCCCUCCGCUCCGCCCGUAGGUUCCUCAUGAAGCUCAGCCACGAGACGGUGACCAUCGAGCUCAAGAACGGCACGCAGGUGCACGGCACCAUCACAGGAGUGGAUGUCAGUAUGAACACGCAUCUCAAGGCGGUGAAGAUGACGCUGAAGAACAGGGAGCCCGUGCAGCUGGAGACGCUGAGCAUUCGCGGCAAUAACAUUCGCUACUUCAUCCUGCCAGACAGCCUGCCCCUYGACACCUUGCUAGUGGAUGUGGAGCCAAAAGUCAAGUCCAAGAAGAGGGAAGCAGUGGCUGGAAGAGGCCGUGGCCGAGGCCGUGGGAGAGGCAGAGGUCGCGGCCGAGGAAGAGGAGGUCCCAGGCGAUAACUGCUCACUGCAACCCCUCUUACCACAUUCUGGGCAAUUUCGGAUAGUUUUUGUACAGGUCUUGUUUACGGUGUCCAUUUUUAAUAAACUGAAAUGUGAAAAAGUUGUCUUUCUUCUGUUAGCUAGGCCCAGAGCGGGAGGCCUUGGCGGGCUCGAACGGUGCUCGUGUGAAAUGAGCCCCUCUUCUGUAAGGCAACUGGCAUCUUCUAACCACAYGCUAAGGAAGACACGCUGUUAAGAACCCCUGUCCUCUCAAUGUGUCUUUAGUGUUGUUGUGCAGAGUGACCUCCUUAAAGUUCAUAGGUAGAAUUUUGCUGUUUUCUAUUAUGUGAACCUCAAAAACUUACU